AUAAAGGAAGAAGAACCAAAGGAGCUGUUUCAUCAAAUGUAUCGGUCUGUAGCUCAUCAAAGGAGUAGAAUUCUGAAACAUAUCCAGGAGAGAGACAUUCAUGUUCUCGUAUUUUCAGCAGGGCUUGCAGAUAUCAUAGAGGCGGUCCUCAUUCAGGAACUUCACAAGUCUUCUAAGAAUGUCAAAGUUGUCUCAAAUAGAAUGGUAUUUGACAAUGACGGCUACCCCAUUUCUUUAAAAGGUGUUUUUGAAUCAUUGUCCAUCGUCGCACAUCCAAGAUCUUUUGGUUUUUCUGGCACCAAGGAUAAGCGUGCAGUGUCAAGUCAGAGGGAAAUAUUGGCUACUAUCAAGGGAUUAGCAGAUUCAUUAGAAAGAAAUGGGUUCAUCAGCUACUUUACUUAAACAGAUCUGUAAAAACAAAGAGCUGCAGUGAGGAAGGUGCAGGAGUAUUACAAGGAAAGUGGUGAUAUCGAUGGACAUUGAGGCAACUUCCUCGCUGUCUGACUACUGAAAGGGCUUUAUAAUUUAUAUUCUUUUCUCUAGGAAAAGGGUUUUUUGGAACAACAAAAGAGAAAUGUACUGACAUUUUUGUUAGUCAUCUUGAAGUCUUUAUUUAACAGGAAAGAGUGUUGGGCUGAACUCAACACCUCAGUACAAACAAGGUUUCUAUCAAUGUGGCUGAGAGUUGCGAUGUUAAUUAUCAAGUAUUGAACCAACACUAUCCUUAUACAUGGAAUUCUCAAUAACCACCAUGACUGGAAGUUAUAGACGUGUUCUUUGAAAUCCAAUGGAAUUUGAAUGGCAUG